CGACGAAGCAAGCGACCACUUUCAAACGCUCCGCGGAUCUCGUGUUUCCUUAUCGCGUCGUUUCAACUCCAUUUCUCACCUCACUGCGCUCCUUCGGCUCUUCUCCCUUUCCUUCGCUUCUAUCUCUUAGAAGAAAAGAGAGAAUGCAGCGCCACGGUGAUCCCAACCCCUUCGACGAAGACGCAGUCAGUCCCUUCUCGAAUGGAGCAGGAUCUGACAAAAAGUCGAAGUUCCCUUCGCUGUCAUCUGUUACUCUGGGUUUCGGAAAUAAGCAUGAUGCGGUUGUUGAUGUUCCACUGGAGACGACAAACGAUUCCAGAAAGAAGGCACAAGAACUUGCAGCAUGGGAAGCAGAACUGAAAAGGAGAGAGACGGAAAUUAAACGAAGGGAAGAUGCUUUGUCGAAUGCUGGUGUUACUACAGAAGAUAAGAAUUGGCCACCAGUGUUCCCAAUCAUUCACCAUGAUAUUGCUAAGGAGAUACCAAUUCAUGCUCAGAGGUUGCAGUAUUUAGCAUUUGCAAGCUGGCUAGGAAUUGUUCUGUGUCUUUCUUGGAAUAUCCUUGCUGUGACUGUAUGUUGGAUUAAAGGCUGUGGGGUUAAAGUCUUUUUCCUUGCAAUAAUCUAUGCUUUUCUUGGAUGUCCUCUUUCAUAUCUAUUGUGGUACAGGCCUCUAUAUCGUGCAAUGAGGACUGAGAGUGCAGUGAGAUUUGGUUGGUUCUUCCUCUUGUACCUGAUCCAUAUUGGCUUUUGCAUCAUUGCUGCUAUUGCUCCUCCAAUUGUUUUUGAUGGGAAGUCAUUGACGGGUAUACUGGCUGCAAUUGACACUUUUUCGGAUCACAUGGUUGUUGGGAUCUUUUACUUGAUUGGUUUUGGCUUAUUUUGUUUGGAAACACUUUUAAGCCUCUGGGUGCUUCAGAAAAUUUACAUGUACUUUAGAGGUCAUAAAUGAAGAAAUUGCAUGCAGUGAAGCCCAAAAUGUUUUGAUCUAGCGUCCUGCUUAAGCUGCUCUUCUUUUAAAUUUAUUUCUUUUAGCUUCGUUUGUUUCACUAUGAUGUGACCGUCUGUUGGGUGAGUUUGAAUGAUCACAUUCCUUUUUUCAUCUGUUACAUUGUCAUAUCAUCUAAGUUCUUUCAUUGCUUGUUGAA